GCUGCUCUUACCAAACCUGCACUACAUUCAUCUUCCACGUUUUCUUCUUCUUCCUCCUCGUCAAGAGAAAGCUUCCAUUCAUGGCUCCAACCAAGGCCGCAUCCGAUCUCUCCCCCAUGUCCGAGAAUGGCUCCACGCAGCACGUGAUCACAUUGGACAGCCAGGGUCGGACCUUCUCGGCCAACGGCCACCCGUUCCUCUCUGGCGUCCCCGGCAACGUCAUCACCACUCCUUCGCCCUAUGGCGGCAAGUUGGCGGCAGCUGCUUCCCUGGGGUGCUUCGUGGGUUUCGACGCCGUCGAGGCCGAGAGCCGGCACGUGGCGCCAGUGGGGAGGCUGAGGGACAUCCGGUUCAUGAGCAUAUUCCGGUUCAAGGUGUGGUGGACGACUCACUGGGUCGGAUCCAACGGCCGAGACCUCGAGAGCGAGACGCAGCUGGUGAUGCUCGAGAGGUCGGGUUCAGGUCGCCCGUAUGUGCUGCUGCUUCCGCUUCUGGAGGGCCCUUUUCGUGCUUCUCUUCAACCUGGUGACGACGAUUACAUUGACGUUUGCAUCGAGAGCGGCUCGACCAAAGUCGCCGCGAGCAAGUUCCAGGCCGUCCUCUACAUGCAGGCAGGCGAGGACCCGUUCACCCUGGUCAAGGACGCCAUCAAGGUGGCCCGGGCUCACCUGGGCACCUUCAAGCUCCUCGAGGAGAAGACCCCUCCGGGCAUAGUGGACAAGUUCGGGUGGUGCACGUGGGAUGCGUUCUACCUCACCGUGCACCCUCAGGGAAUAUGGGAUGGGGUCGCGAGACUUGUCGAGGGCGGGUGCCCGCCCGGGCUCGUCCUGAUCGACGAUGGGUGGCAGUCCAUCGGCCACGACGCAGACCCAAUCACCAAGGAAGGCAUGAACCAGACCGUGGCCGGCGAGCAGAUGCCCUGCAGGCUGUUGAAAUUCCAAGAGAACUACAAGUUCAGGGACUACGUAAGCCCGAGAGGGAGGCGCGGCGGACCCAAGGGAAUGGGGGCCUUCAUUAAGGACCUUAAGGAGGAGUUCGGGUCUGUGGAAUAUGUUUACGUGUGGCAUGCGCUCUGCGGGUAUUGGGGCGGGCUCAGGCCCGAGGUGCCGGGCCUGCCGGAGUCCACCGUGAUCAAGCCCAAGCUGUCGCCCGGGCUCGAGAUAACGAUGGAGGAUCUGGCCGUGGAUAAGAUCGUGAACACCGGGGUGGGGAUGGUCCCGCCGGAGCACGCGGAUCAGAUGUACGAGGGGCUGCACUCGCACUUGGAGUCCGUGGGCAUUGAUGGUGUCAAGGUGGACGUCAUUCACUUGCUGGAAAUGCUGUGUGAAGAUUAUGGGGGGAGAGUAGAGCUUGCCAAGGCCUACUACAAAGCAUUGACAGCUUCUGUCAAUAAACAUUUCAAGGGAAAUGGUGUGAUUGCUAGCAUGGAACACUGCAACGAUUUCAUGUUCCUUGGCACGGAAGCUAUUACCCUUGGACGUGUUGGUGAUGAUUUUUGGUGCACCGAUCCGUCAGGCGAUCCGAAAGGCACGUUUUGGCUCCAAGGGUGUCACAUGGUGCAUUGCGCGUACAACAGCCUGUGGAUGGGCAACUUCAUCCACCCGGAUUGGGACAUGUUCCAGUCGACGCACCCGUGCGCCGAGUUCCAUGCUGCUUCUCGAGCCAUCUCCGGUGGCCCUAUCUAUGUGAGCGACUCAGUUGGGAAGCACGACUUCAAGCUGCUCAAGACCCUCGUGUUGCCUGAUGGAUCCAUCCUGAGAUGUGAAUAUUAUGCCCUCCCGACUCGGGAUUGCCUCUUUGAAGAUCCUCUUCAUGAUGGCAAGACCAUGCUCAAAAUAUGGAACCUUAACAAAUAUACAGGGGUUGUCGGAGCAUUCAACUGCCAAGGAGGAGGAUGGAGUCGCGAAUCUAGACAAAACCAAUGCUUCUCCCAGUUCUCACAAAUGGUGACCUCCAAGACCAACCCCAAGGACAUUGAAUGGAACAGUGGCAAGAACCCUAUACCCAUUGAAGGAGCACAAGGAUUUGCCAUGUACAUGUUCAAGUCCAAGAAGCUGUCCCUCUCAAAGCCCUCUGAAGACAGAGAAAUCUCACUGGAGCCAUUCCACUUCGAGCUCAUCACCGUUUCUCCGGUCGCAGUCUUGACCGGGAAAUCAGUGCAGUUUGCUGCCAUCGGCCUGGCCAACAUGCUCAACACCGGCGGAGCUAUUCAGUCCUUGUCCUUUAAGGGCGAUUCGGUCGAAGUCGGGGUGAGAGGAGCAGGGGAAAUGAGGGUCUACGCCUCCAUCGAACCAAGAGACUGCAAAAUUGAUGGGCGCGACGUCCCUUUCGAGUACGAGGAGCGCAUGGUCAUUGUGCAAGUUCCAUGGACUGGUUCUGGAAAACUGUCCAAGGUUGAGUACUUGUUCUAGAGAUGUAAUGUGACCGCCUUUAUCCUUAUUACUUUGUUGACGAGUAUGAUGGCUAUGGGGAACAAUGUAAGCCCACUUAAGUUUUACUAAAUAUAAUGUCAGACGACAGCAGUUUCCUUUGA